UCACUUCUCCUUUUUCCUCUCUACAUGAAAUCCUGCAAUAUGCUUCCAAAUUACCGGAGACACAUCCUCUGUCUCGUGCGCCUCUGAGCGCGGGAUCUAGUUUUUUUUUUCCGUUAAAGCCUCCGCGGGUUUUUUUCACCGUAGCAAAAGGAGAAAAAAAAGCAUGAGCGCGGCUUUCUGCUGAUGCUGCAGUGUCCAGUCUUCCCAGUUCUCCCCAUCAGACUGGGAGCUUUAUAUCUUGUUUUUCUCUGCACCAGUCUCCGUCCUCUCCCUCCUUCAUCUCCAGCAUGAUUUUACCAAAUUGUCAGUCAGGAUUUUUGCUGCUGAGCUGCGGUUUGAAGCCGUCUGAAGCCUCCUCCUCCUCCUCCUCCUCCUGCGGGCUGCUCCGAUCGACGCUGAAAACCUACACCAAGAGGAUACGGAUGUUGACCAAGACAACAUAGUCUAUUAAUUUUUCAGAGAUACUGUAAAACGAUAUCAGUAUUAAACCCAAGUGGGGAAAGGUGUGCGCUGGUGAGGACAUUCCUUCCAUCCGCUGCUCUCCAGCUCAGCUCAGGUGACGAAGCAUCGCUGAGAGAAAGAUGUUCAGCUCGGAGAUGAUGAUGAUGAUGGUGGUGGUGAUGAUGAUGGAGAAGGAGGCUCUGCACAGCUCGCGGCCUCAGUAGAGGCUUCCUCACUUCGACCUGCUGUCCUUCACCUUCACGCCGCUUCCUCUUCCUGUCCUCCACCCGCCAGGAAGGAUGACCGUGGUGUCCACAGAGAACAUGGACGAGACCUCCACCCUGCCGGGACACCCGCAGGACCCCUACCCGCCCGACGACGACCACGACGACCACGACUGCUGCGAGCGGGUGGUCAUCAACAUCUCGGGGCUGCGCUUCGAGACCCAGCUAAAGACACUAGCCCAGUUCCCCGAGACUCUCCUCGGGAACCCCAAGAAGAGGAUGCGCUACUUUGACCCUUUACGAAACGAGUAUUUCUUCGACCGGAAUCGCCCGAGUUUCGACGCCAUCUUGUAUUAUUACCAGUCAGGGGGACGGCUAAGAAGACCGGUCAACGUGCCGCUGGAUAUGUUCUCAGAGGAGAUAAAGUUUUAUGAACUCGGCGCGGAGGCCAUGGAGAAGUUUCGAGAGGAUGAGGGAUUUAUCCGGGAGGAGGAGCGGCCCCUGCCAGAGAAGGAGUUCCAGCGGCAGAUCUGGCUCCUCUUUGAGCAUCCAGAGAGCUCAGGGCCCGCCCGGGGGAUCGCCAUCGUCUCGGUGAUGGUUAUUCUUAUUUCAAUAGUUAUAUUUUGUUUGGAGACAUUACCAGAGUUGAAGGAGGAUCCCAGCCAGCGGAUGCGCCAGAUCGGGAACACCACCGUGUUUUACAAAGCAAAUGUCCUCACAGACCCUUUCUUCGUGGUGGAGACGCUCUGCAUCAUCUGGUUUUCUUUUGAGUUGAUAGUCCGGUUUUUCGCCUGUCCCAGCAAGGCAGCAUUCUUUAAAAACAUGAUGAACUCUAUUGAUAUUGUGGCUAUAAUCCCAUACUUCAUCACACUUGGAACAGAGCUGGCCGACGACCAAGACAACAAGGAGGGGAAGGGAGGAGGGGAACAGGCCACAUCUCUGGCUAUUCUCAGGGUAAUCCGUCUUGUGAGGGUGUUCAGGAUCUUUAAACUGUCCCGACACUCAAAGGGGCUCCAGAUUUUGGGGCAAACUCUAAAGGCGAGCAUGAGGGAGCUGGGCUUGCUCAUUUUCUUCCUCUUCAUCGGUGUGAUUUUGUUCUCCAGCGCUGUCUACUUUGCCGAGGCCGAGGAGAAGGAGUCGUUCUUCACCAGCAUCCCGGAUGCUUUCUGGUGGGCAGUAGUGUCCAUGACCACUGUCGGCUAUGGGGACAUGUACCCCGUGACCAUCGGGGGGAAGAUCGUGGGCUCGCUGUGCGCCAUUGCCGGAGUGUUGACCAUCGCACUCCCGGUGCCUGUCAUUGUGUCCAACUUCAACUACUUCUACCACCGGGAGACGGAGGGUGAGGAGCAGGCCCAGCUGCUCAAUGUCAGCAACCAGAACUUGGCGUCGGACACCAACUCGAGCCGCCGCAGCUCCUCAGUAGUCAGCAAGUCGGAGUACAUGGAGAUAGAUGAGGACAUGAACAACAGCAUCGAUAACUUUAGGGAAGCGAACCUUAGGACUGCCAACUGCACGGCUCCCAGUCAGAACUGUGUGAACAAGGGGAAGCUGCUCACCGACGUGUGAGGCAGCGUCCGACGCACCAGUGUAAAUAUUGUAGAAAUAUCUGGAUGCUUUAUCUCCAUUGGUGCAUUUUAUUCUUCUUUUGCAUUGAAUCAUUCAAAACGUGUGUGAAGACUUUUCAGAGUUCAAGGCACACGUGGUAAAUUUAAGAUAGAAGCUCAGUUAUUUCAUGAAAACACAACGACAGACUUGUUUGGCAAUAGCGCAGAGAUCAGCAGGUGUCGGGAAACGUUUUUGAUAAAUUAUUGACUCAAUCUGUACCAGUUUGAAAGAUGUUGGUGUUGAUGAAGCAGAAAGAGUAUUAAAAGACAACACUGCCGAUAUUUUGACCAUUCCAAAUUCACUAGCCUUUAUCAGACAGGAAGUGUCUAACAAAAGACAUUAUGGUCGAUAUGAAUGAGUUGCACUAUGGGAAAUGUAGGAACCAGUGCCCCGAAUUUCAGUCUCUGUUGCACCAAUUUUUACUAUUCUUUUAAGAUAUGUCUUGAAAGUGCUCCUUUAAUUGAUUUUUUUACCCAGAUGUGUGGACAUGCAUCAGGUUUAGGCUGCUAAAGCACAACAUAAUUAUCUCUUAUAGGUCUCUUAAAUGUAAUUUAUAGAAUUACACCUGGGUUAAGAUGAAUUUAGAUGGAAAAAAAUGUUUAUAUGGAGCUUUUAAUGGCUACAGAUUGAUGCACAAGAGAGAAAGAUGGGAGCAAAUGAAGUCAUGUGAGAGUAAGAUUUAGUUUGAGGGAGGGCAAAUUUAUUUGUGUAGCACCUUUCAGCAACAGGAUUAAAAUAAAAUGGAAGAUAAAAGUAAAUUGCAAGAAAUGAAGACGCAAUCCCAAAGUUAGCUCAGUGAAAGUCAGUUGCAAACAAAGGUUUGAGUUGACAAUAGAAAUUCAACAUGACUAAGUGCACUGGAACAUGAAGGCACAAUUAAUUUGACAUUAAUUUAUCCAAAAAUUUCCUCGACACCUUUUCGGCUUUGUGCAAUAGACUCGACUAAAAAAACAAAACAAAGCCCAACUGAGAUUUGAAGAACACGUUCAUGGACGACACAUUUCGAGUGGAUUACAGUUGAAGUUCAGGCGUGUUUUUCCGCGGCACAUCCAGGGACAUUUUGGGAAACUCAACGCCAGAUGUUGACGGAUGUUUUUCAGGCACCUUAUCAGAAACAAACAGGAAGUGUGCCGAGCCUUGUGGAGGAUUAUCUGCACUGCUGCUGCUGCUACAGGUCGGCUGGAGGUUCCCUGUAUGAUGCCAUGCAACACUCCUUUAUAUAAACGCAUGUGGAGACUUUCUUCUCUCUUAUAUCGGCAUGCACAAGACGUUACCUCAUUUUUAUUUUUACAUUUUUUUUUUCUUCCUGGACCCUCAUCUUCUCCUCCUGGAAUUUUUUCCCUCAUUUGUUUUCACCAAAAGUGCACUGGCUAUUUAUUAUUAUUUAUUUCAAAGCAUUUACGUGUUGAAUGUUGAAGCAUUAAGGGAACAGGAACACUUCUUUUUUGAAGAUCAUGGCAUGUCAAAAUACUAAAGCAUUAUGGCCUAAUUAGCUAUGGUAUAGCUAUGUAUACUCAAUGCAUGACUACAGUAUUAAAUUGCUUGCAGUUGUGGAGGGACCUCGGGAGCUGGGGGAUGAUGAUGAGUCUCCUCAUUAUUGUCAAGCUAACGACAGGAUACGGUGCAUGACGGAGCAAACUGCCGGAGGGGACAAACCUGCUAAAAGAAAAAAAAAAUAAAAAUAAAAUAAAAACAAGGCAAAAAAAAAUCAGAAGAGACAUAUCCGACGAUCUCUUUAAAAAAAUGACACUUCAGAAAUAACAUCCUCCUUUUUCAUUUAUUUAAAGCUUUGAUCUUGACGAUGGAGUGCAUGGGAUCAUUUUUAUGUGAUUUGUGACCCAACUUCUUUUCUCUCUUGCAUUUGACUUUUAAACAGUUUGAAGAAGGAAAGCAGUAAUAUUUAACAAAUUUCAUAGAUAUAUCUAAAAUUAGUUUCUAGUGCCUUGAACCCCGUCUCAUUUUAGAAUUGACUAAAGUGCCUCCCGUUCCAAUAGACAGCAAAGAGCUUACUAUGUGCAGCUUAUCUUCUCCUGCCAUAAAGAUGCACUACUCCCUGCACACCUGGAAAAGAAGAGGGUAAUCGACUAACAUGUUUCGAUAAAGAUAUGAAUAUAUUCCAUAUUCUGGGGCCAGAUUACUGGGCCUGUGUAAAGUCACGCUUGUCCUGGUUGAUGACACAUGGCUGCAGUGCACAGUGAGUGAGAUAGAGAAGUUAAAAUAUGGAUUAUUUGAACAAAAAUUCAAGAGAAACUCUGGUCUUUUGUUGGUCAGACACCUGCAGGUGCAUGAGUUUGACAUCCUUAAAGGGACGUUCCAGUAUUUUUCAACACAUUCUCAAAAUUGUGGCUGUUCUAACUGUGGGUCAUACUGAAGAAGAAACUAUAUUUACAUGCUUGUCUCUGAGUAUGAACAGAAAUAAAAACAUAAAUUACCCUCCUGGGUUAGCUGUAGAAACAUUAGCUAACAAAGUAGAGAUCUAGCCUACUUAUGAUUCAGUUUGUUGGCUAGUUGUUAGCACCAGGGAUUAGCUAUUAGUAGCUAACUGCAUAGGUUUGGGGCAACUAAAUGGCUAACCUAGCUAGCAAACCAAUUAGCAAACUAGUGUGUCUCAAAUUGCACACUUCUGUUAGUACACUUCAAAGUAGUACACUAUGUAAAACACUACGUUCUUGCAUGGUGCGAUUAUUUCAACAGUGUGGUCUCAAAUCAUGCACUGCCAUUUUGCACUUACAAGAAGUGCCUCUUCUUCUUUGUCUUUUUUUUAAAUGGCGAAACAGAGGAGAAUUAUCGCCAACAUUUGACACCCACACUUGAACCAAACUUACACCACAAUGUCAGCGUUGAUUAACACGUGCUGCUGUAUCUAGGAGUAGCUAGCAAAUUCUAACAGUAUCCAGCAGGCUAAGGGAAGCUUCCGCUAUGUCACAAAGAUGGUGACCCACUCAACUGUUUGUUUUUGAGUGUGACAGUAGUGCACUGCAUUUUCCCAUAGUAUGCAGUGUGGGCGCAUUUAGCGCACUUGUGCACUCAAAAUAUUAAGUGUUCAGUACAGAAGUAUGCGAUUUGAGACACACUGUUGGAGACAAAUGCUGUGUUCAGUAGAACUCAUAAGCUUGUGUUAAUGACAUUGGAAGUUGUGAAAUCGUGUGUAAAUAUGGUCACUUCUCAUGAGCACAAUAAACAGGACCCCAUUUGAAUGCAGAAAUUAGCAUUACCAGGGAUUAGCCAUAAUAAAGGCAUAGGGUUGCAUUUAUGUGGCAACUAGACGGUUAACCAGCUAGCUGUCAGGUUAGCCAACAAUCUAUUUUUCAUCUACACUUAUCAAAACGUAUUUAUAAAUUCAUCGCCUACAAAGCACUUAACAGAGGUAAACAGAUACUACAAUUGUUACUGUUUGGAUAAGCUAGUUAGCAACAGUAGCUAAAUCAGGGAGCUAAUCCUGCUGUACACAUGUGACUGGUCGUGAGCAAGAUUAAGGCAUAUAAUAAGGCUCAUUAUUUUCAGUUUUGAAAAAAAAAAAAUAAUACAAAUAACAGAGAUACAUUUGCAGUCAGGAAUGUAGCCAAGUUUUUAUAAAUAAUAAGAUAAGUCCUACAUGUGUUUUUUGAAUGACGACUGUUUUUAUAGCCUGGUUUCAUUGAUUUAACUUGCUUUCACUGAAUCAUUUGCAAACAUUUUUUAAAGGCAACAAAUUGUCUUGUUGUUGGAAGGAUACAAUUCUGUUGAUAUUUUAUGUAUUUUUCUUUUCGUCAACAGUCCCAUGUGCACACACAAACCAACUAUUCUAAUUCCUCUAACCCACAAUCCCACUGGUUGAUACUGAACAUGUAGUGCGUCACAAAUAUAGGAAAUAGUGUAUUUGUUGGGGACUAUUUUCACCAUUUGUGGCAGCAGGACAAGGUGUGUGGGGUUGAGUCAAAAUAAACUACAGUGUGUGUGUUCAUGGUAAUGAAGGCAGAUACAUCCACUGUUGAUUUGGGUCUGAACAUGAAGAAAAAUAUAUAAUAUCACCAGACUUAUCCUGUAAUGUAAAUGUACAAAAAUCCUCACAAGGCCUGAAUUCCCACUGAAAGUGAAACACACUGACAGGUUGAAAAAACCUCCUGAGAACACUGAGGGCACGACCUCAUUGUCUUUUAACGGCAGCUACGUCUCUGACUGCAGCAGGAAACAUCUCAAAGGACUCUCGCAGAUCUGCAGCACUGUCAGCAGCUCUCGUGCUGUUUCACUUUGUAUCAGCUGCCACAGCCAGAGGAGCAUGUUUACAACGUCCUCUGGCUGCUCCAAACACUGCCGUUUUCUGAUUCCUGGGACCAAAACAUGCUGCUGAACACUAGAUCUGCUCCUCACAAAAGAAACAGACACCAUCUGCUUUGAAAAUCUGAAAACAAUGAGCCUUACAUGUCCGCCUAAUGUGUCUCGCUGGGGUUGUUUUUAAGCAUCUGACCUGCUGUAUCUCCAUCAGAGUGCUUCUCAACACCAGCACUGCAGUGUUUUCAGUGCUUGGUUGAGGCUUACAUUGUCCAACAUGUCCUCACAUGAGGCUACAGAUAAUAGGGAGAAAUUAUGGGGGAUAUAUGUGCUCAGUUGUGGAUGUUGCUGUAGAGAGAUAAAAGAUGAACACGACCACAGUGGAAGCAGCCAGUGUUUCCUCUGCAGAGCAGCUGAACAUUACCACAGGCAUUAGUCACUCUGCAUGCCAGCAAAAUGGCGCUGCUGCUGCUGCUGUUUUGUUUUGAGGAGGGAGCACAUGGCUGUGUGAGGAGAAGGAUGUCUCUGCUGUGGUGCUUUCAUGAGGACACAGUGUUAGAGGACAACACGAGGACUGAUUGAUGAAUAUGGAUGAUGUAAAAAGCGUCCAACAGAAAAGAGGAGUGUUGACUCAGUCUGAUCUUGGCUUAAAUGUCACCCUGCAGUUCCCUCCUCUUCACUGCUGACACUUUAAAACUAAACUGUGAAGAGACUCCCGGACAAAAUUUGGGUAGUUUCGUGACCCUAGAAUAUAAUUAGGAGGGUGUUAAUCCCACAGAUAAUUAGAAGAUUUAACACAUUAAAACUGAUACAGUACUUGUAUUUCUUAGAGACAAACAUCUGAGAAGUAUCCAACCCAAAUGCCAGAAAGAAUGUUGGCAUUGUAUGUUUCCGCAAACUAUGAAUACAUCAUAUACAACGUUUCAUAUAUAGUCCCUGUCCCUGUAUGGUUAUGUUUAGGCACAAAACCCACUAGAUUAGAGUUAGGAAAUCUCCUGUUUUGGCUUAAAAUACCUACUUUUGUUGCCACAUACACGACCGGAAAUGUCUGUAAAUGUAAAAAAAAAAAAAAAAAAGAAACACCUGCUUUUGUCACCACAUACACAGCUGGAAAUGUCCCAGACUGUUGCUAAAAUAAUACCGGGUUUUGUUGCUUUAAACAAUAUUUGACGUGUCAUGAACUGCCAUUAAAAAGUACUGCUUUUUUGAUACAAACACGUUUGGAAAUGUUCCGACCUCUUGUUAACAAAAUAUCAGCUUUUGUUGCCACAAACAUAACCGGACAUGUCUCGAGCUACUGUUCAAAAAUACCUGCUUUUGUCGCUACAAACAAGGCUGAUAAUUUCUUAAACUCUCUUUAAGAAAUACUGGCCUUUGUUGUGACAAACAAGGACGGACAUGUUCUGAACUCUCGUUAACAAAUACCUGCUUUUGUCUCCACAAAAAUGGCUGGAAAUGUCCCAAAAUCUCUUUAAAAAAUAGCCGCUAUUGUCACUACAAACAAGGCUCAACAUGUCCCAAACCAUUAUUGAAAAAUACAACAACCUUUGGUUGGUACAAACCAGACUGGACAUGUCCCAAAAUGACACUUUUGUUGUUGCAGUCGUGGCUGGAAAUGCCUUGACCUCUUGUUAACAAAGUACCCGCUUUUGUCGUUACAGACACUGUUGGAUAUGUCCCAAACUGUCGUUAAAAAAUACUUGUGUUUUUCUCCCCAACAUACACAGUUGGAAAUGUCCCAAAUUUUUAUUAAAAAAUACCACUUUUGUUGCUGCAAUCGUGGUUGGAAAUGCCCCGGCCUCUUGUCAACAAAUUAACUGCCUUUGUCAUUUCAGACACAGUUGGACAUGUCCCAAACUGUGGUUAAAAAAUACCCUAUUUUGUCAAUAAAAACACAGUUGGACAUGUCCCAAACUGUGGUGAAAAAAUACCCUAUUUUGUCAAUAAAAACACAGUUGGACAUGUCCCAAACUGUGGUCAAAAAAUACCCUAUUUAGUCAGUAGAAACACAGUUGGACAUGUCCCAAACUGUGGU